GUCUCUUCUGUGUACGGUUGCUAGCUAAUGGAUCUCGCGCUAAUAUCGAUGUACUGUAGAAAAUGAUGUAGUCUUUGAUUAAAAUUGAUAUUGGAUUGUGACAUUUGGAGCGAGAAUACCGGCACCUGUUAUAAUGUUAACUUAGGACGUACUGAACACGUUGGAAUCAACCAAUGCUUAAGUAGAAAAAUAGAAGCAUUUCUUUUCCAAGAACUGCAAAAAGCUGCUUUUCAUGUAAGGGUUAAAAAGUUCUGGAUACUCACAUGAGUUUCAGGGAGGAAGACAAAAUGGGGGACAUUUUAGCCACUGAAGCCAAUCUUCUUGGGAUGAUCAAGGAGUACCUUAAGGUUGAACAGUUUGAUACCACAGUUAACAGUUUUGACAAGGAGUGCAAGAAUAAAGGAAAACUUGUGUCCAAGCCUCAAGGAAAUGCUCUGAGAGACGUUAAGACUCACAUCGUCCAGAAAGACCUCCUUAGUUCUUUCAAUGAAGGGGACUUCAAGGUAUUUUUUGAGUUGUGGACAGAGAAUAUUCCUUCUCAUCUCGUUAAAACUGAUACUGAGGCCCAAAAGCUGGAGUUCUACCUUUAUAUCCAUUUUACCAUCUACCCACUGAGAAGCCAACCUGAAAGACAAGUAUGUAUUUCGCUGAUUUAUAUUGUGUUGGGGCAGCAUGGUUUGCAUGUCCUCCCCGUGCCUGCAAUGGGUUUCUCUGGGUACUCCACUGUGCUAUUCAGAAGCAUGUUGCACAUUGCCCCCACUGCUAAAUCUACCAAAAGAUAA